AAAAACCAGGAGCUUCCCCUCCCAAUUUCUUGAAUCUCUCCGUCCGCCUCAGUCGCCUUCUCAGUUCCAGCUCUCCAUCGUCGCUGCUCUUCUCUACUGCCUUGUGCGGACCGUGCAGUGUUGCUGAGAAAGGGAAAAGCAUGAAUGCCUUCAAAGCUUACAAGGCUUGCACGCCGAUUGCAUGGAGCCCCAACUUGUACAUAACCUUGGUUAGGGGCAUUCCUGGAACCAGAAGACUUCACCGGCGUACAUUGGAGGCGCUGCGGCUUGGCAAGUGUAACCGAACUGUUAUGAGAUGGAACACCCCUACCGUUAGGGGAAUGUUGCAACAAGUAAAGAGGCUAGUCGUGAUUGAAACAGAAGAGAUGUUCAAAGCCCGUAAACAGAAGGAUGCAAACCACCGAGCUUUACGUCCGCCAUUGGUCAUAAGCCAUCUGCCUGCCCCAGAUUGCAGUUCUUAAAAGCAAAUGUUGUCCCCUUAGGUCAGAUCCUUCUCCAAUGUUGUUUUGUCGGACAAUACAGUUUCUAGAUGUGUUAUUGGAUAGAAAUCCAUUGGCUGUACUAGUUCCGUCAUGAUUGGGUGGUUUACUGGAAGAUAUAUUUUGCUGUGAGUUAAUUAAUCAAUUGAUUGCUACGUAUCUGGUGGAAGUGAAAUAAAGGGCAGAGUUCACAA